GCCUGUUUCUUUUCUGCCUUGUCUUCAUUUCAAACCAAACCUCCCUCAACAAACAUCUCUCCCUCUCUCUAACAACUCAUCUGUUUCUCUCUCUAAAACUCACUGAGUCACCGGCGACCACCAAUUCUCGCCGGGAUUUUCACUCUUUUUUCUUCCGGAUUCCAAAUUAUGUCUUAACAAAAGUAUAUUCUGUUUCUUUCCUUUUUGUUGUUUCUUUCCCUUAAUUUGUAUCUCUCUCUCUCUCUUCAUUCCAAAAAGCUUGUGCUGGCAAAUAGAAAAGAAAAAUGAGUCUCUUGUAGAUCACAAAAUUGAAAUUUCAUUUUCUCUUUCUCAUUCUCUCUCUCUUCGAUCCUUCUUAUUUAAUUGUGUAUUUCUUCCUCUUCUUCUUCUUUUCUCCUCGUAAUAUUCACAAUUCUCGGGGAGAGAGGGAAAGAGAGGGAAAUUGGAGAUGAUGAAGGUGGUUUAGCUUUUUGUUUUUCUGGAAAGAAGAAAGGGCAAGCAAUGAGCAGCGGACAGAGCCAACAAUUUUGAUAGUAAAAGAGAUUUUUGAUGAGAGUUUCUGGGUGUCUCUAAAGCUGCACCAUGCCGUUUGAAGUUAUGGAUCAUAGGGGUAGUACUGCUGCAUCCUCCCACUAUUUCGAUGACAUCCAUUUUCCUGCUGAGAGACAAAUUGGGUUUUGGAAGCCUAAUGUAAUGCCCGAUCACCAAGUUGGAACGGAUGGAAAGAUACCUAUUCCCAGCGGCAACUGUGUAGCUUCUUUUCCUUUGGAAAAAAUUUCACCAGGUGGACCAAUUCUAAUGCAUCAUGCGGAGGUAUCACGGUCAAUUCUAGCCAGAGAUCAAAAAGAGAAGUCACUCAUUAGUGAAGUAAGUGCUAAUACAUCCAAGCAUGCAUGGAGUUCCAUGGAUCAUCAUCCAAAAUCCUGGUCAAGUUUGUCAAUGCAACCUGCAUCCUAUAGUACAGGGAGAAGUAGGGUUGAUAUCAGUGGGACCCAGUGGGAAAGCAGUCUCUUCUCGAGCUCAUUUUCUGAAAUAUUUAGUAGAAAGUUGAGGCCAUCAAGAAAUGACAUUCAAUCUCAUCAACCUGCUAAGACCAUCACUUCUUCCCAUGAGGAAGAAGAACCUUUUGAAUCACUUGAAGAACUUGAGGCGAAAACUAUAGGAAAUCUCCUCCCCACUGAAGAUAACCUGUUUUCUGGAGUGACUACUGAAUUUGGGCGUGAUGCUCAGAUCAAUAACUUGGAUGAUCUGGAAGAUUUUGACCUGUUCGGCAGUGGUGGAGGCAUGGAAUUAGAAGGGGAUGUGGCCCGAGGAAAUUCUGGUCUCCUCAGGGGAGUUUCCAAUGGUCAAGGGGACUCUAAUGGUUCAAUUGUUGUUGGGCAUCCUUCUAGAACACUUUUUGUCAGAAACAUCAAUAGCAACGUUGAAGUUUCUGAAUUGAAGGCUCUUUUUGAGCAAUAUGGAGAUAUUCGAACUCUCUAUACAGCCUGCAAGCACCGUGGCUUUGUGAUGAUUUCUUAUUAUGAUAUAAGAGCAGCUCGAAAUGCAAUGAGUGCACUUCAAAAUAAGCCAUUGAAGCAUAGGAAUCUUGACAUACAUUAUUCAAUUCCAAAAGACAAUCCAUCAGAGAAAGAUAUGAACCAGGGCACUCUAGUGGUCUUUAACCUUGAUUCUUCUGUUACAAUUGACGAGCUUCGUCAAAUAUUUAGUGUUUAUGGGGAGAUUAAAGAGAUCCGUGAAUCCCCACAUAAGCAUCAUCACAAAUUCGUAGAGUACUAUGACAUUAGGGCCGCAGAAGCAGCCCUUUCUGCGCUAAAUAGGAGUGACGUUGCUGGCAAGCAGAUCAAGAUUGAAUCAAGUCACCCAGGGGGCACUAGAAGCUUGAUGCAACAGCCUGAGCAUGAGCAAGCUGAACGUAAUCUUUUACAGAGCCCCUUUAACGACUUAUCAUCUGGACCAUCGGCCACAUUUUCUCCUGGAGUAUCAGCAUCUAGCUACAUGGCUAAUGGAUCUUCUCAGGUUUUACAUUCUGCUAUCCCAUCACAGCUGGGUGCAUUCGCUGAACUUCACAGGAGUUCUAGUGUUUCAAACAACUUACCAUCUCCAGUGACAGCAAGUGCUGCUAAACAAUUCUCCAUAGAUGAAAUGAAGUUUGGCAACAAAUGUAUUCCAAGCAUUCAUCCUCAUUCCUUGCCAGAGUACCAUGAUAGUUUUGCCAAUACUAUUCCAUACAACUCUCCAAGCACUAUCAGAGACAUGCCCAGCAGUUUCACUUCCAAAGUGACAGAAGGAAUUAACAGCUUACAUAUUCGAGGGGUAGGGUCAAACGGGCACAUGAUGGAGCUUAAUGGAGGGGUUUUUGGAUCUCCUGGAACUGGAAGCUGCACUCUUCCUGGGCAUCAUUAUGUAUGGAAGAAUUCCAAGUCAGGUCAACAACAUCCUUCAAAUGCCAUGAUUUGGUCAAAUUCACCAUCAUUUGCCAACGGUGUUCACACUCAUCAUGUUCCACACAUGCCUGGAUUCCCUAGAGGACAUACAGUUAUGCUGAACUCUGCACCUGCACCCCAUCACAUUGGAUCUGCACCAGCUGUCAAUCCUUCUCUAUGGGAUAGGCGGCACACAUUUUCUGGGGAGUCUCCUGAAGCUUCUAGUUUUCACUUGGGUGCUCUUCGGAGUGUGGGUUUUCCUGGUAGCUCUCCACCACAUCCAAUGGAAAUUGCCUCCCACAACAUUUUCUCUCAUGGUGGAAGUUGUAUGGACAUGACUAAAGCCACUGGCCUACCCACUUCUCCGCAGAUGUGCCAAAUGUUCCCUGGGAGGAACCCAAUGAUUUCAAUGCCAGCCUCUUUUGGUUCUCCUAAUGAGCGCGUGCGAAACUUCUCACAUCGUAGAAUUGAAUCGAAUUCGAAUCAUUCAGAUAAGAAACAAUAUGAACUUGACGUUGACUGCAUACUGCGUGGCGAUGACAACCGAACCACAUUGAUGAUAAAGAACAUUCCAAACAAAUAUACUUCAAAGAUGCUUCUGGCUGCGAUUGAUGAGCAGUGUCGAGGAACCUAUGAUUUUAUUUACUUGCCAAUUGACUUCAAGAAUAAAUGCAAUGUGGGCUAUGCAUUCAUCAAUAUGAUUGAUCCUCAACAGAUCAUUCCAUUCCAUAAGGCAUUCAAUGGAAAAAAGUGGGAGAAGUUCAACAGCGAGAAAGUGGCAUCUCUUGCAUAUGCUCGUAUUCAGGGAAAAACUGCUCUUAUUGCGCAUUUCCAGAAUUCAAGCUUGAUGAAUGAGGAUAAACGCUGUCGUCCUAUACUAUUUCAUUCUGAUGGUCCCAAUGCUGGUGAUCCGGAACCAUUCCCCAUGGGCACUCAUAUUCGAUCAAGGUUGGGUAAACCUCGAUCUAGUGGCAAUGAGGAGAACCACCAUAGUGGGAGCCCUUCCACUUUGGCUAAUGGAGAGGACUCUCCAAAUGGAAUACACUCUCCAUCCGGUUCCGAUUGAGUAGUUUUCUUUGCCAUACUAACUCCAACCCUGUAUGGGUGCAAAAUGUCGUAUCCACCCCAGUUCUGUAUAUUAGGGGUGACCUGACAAGUGACAACUCCCUUUUUGGCUAUAGAGACUCCAUUUACCAAGUUCUGAAUGCCAGAGUGUAUCUUCAGAAUCAAGUGGGUUCAGAAUUUUCUUUGUUCCCACACAAAUUUACCCAUCUAGCCUAAUUAUGAUUUUAGAGAGUGGCUUAACAAAGGCUUCAAAUUUCAGAUAUUUGAAUCAAACAAUUUCAAUGUACAGAAGCUCUCUAUCUGUGCAGGAGAGGAGGGAUUUUCCCUGUUUUUUUCAGUUUUGUAUCUCUGCAAUUUCAUUUUUCCUUGUAUGUUUUGGGGUUCCCUGUUGGUUCUGUUUCUUGUUCUAAUCCCUAGGUCUGGCAUGAUUGCUCAAGGAGAGUUAUCGCACGCUAAUGCAUCCUCCUGAUUGUAGAAAUUUUUGAAGUCCUCAGAAUGCUAUUAAUAACAAUACUAUUUAUUUGUCA